AAAAUGGCGAUGCAUUAUAAACUUCCUUGUCUAAUAUUUUUUUAUCUACUACACGAUUGUGAAGGCCAAUAUGAUUAUGAUUCUUACAUUUACUUUAACGAAACGUUCAAUACAUAUGAAGUUCUUAUCGGUAUCCUCGUCGGUAUAUUCGUUGGAAUCAUAUUGAUCUCGGUAGCAUUGUAUUGCUGCUGUACUGCACUACAAAAAAGGAUACGAAUGCCAGGUGUUGUCGGAGAUGAAAAUGAAGCAGCAGACAACAAUAACGAUAGCACCAAGAUUUUUCCCUGGAUUGUAUACCCUAUUCAGUCCUCUGAUGCUGAACAAAAUAAAGGGAUGCAGUACUGGGUGCCUGGACCACCGAAUACAUAAAUAUGCGACCUGUCACAGAAUAGAAAGUAUCUGCCGCUUAGCAAACGCUGGUAGGGAUAGAGUGACGCAAUGAUGAUGUGUGUGUUUAAUUUGUAGGUGUGUUAUGUCCUAUGCGAAAUGGAAGUGAUAUAUUUUUCAUGUGGAUCUUUGUCGAAUGUAGUCUUGAUUCAUAGAUAUGCUAUGUGUGAGGGGAUUCUCCGCUUCACGGUGCCCUUGUUAUCUUAUUUUAAUUUCUAUGUAACGUUUACUAUAAAAUAACACGAUUAAGU